UUUCUUUUAAUGCUGAGUCCGUCAGUGUUCGGUUCGGUUGACACGUGCGUUCUACUUAAAGUAACGCGAUCCUUACUUAAACAUGAUUGCAAAAACCCUGGAAAGUGAGAAAAACUCCGUGGACGCGAGUGACGAAGUUGAAAAAGUUCCAAAGGAUGUGCUUCUCAUUGCGCAACAGAUUAAAAUUGCCAGGUCGUUGGCAAGCAAUGAUUUACGUCAACGGACCAAGCAAUUGAAAAAACUCAAGAAAUGGUUCAACUUAAGGGCGAACAGUUCCUAUCCCUUUUCUGAUGAUGAUUUUCUUCGAGUCUGGAAGGGUUUAUACUAUUGUAUGUGGAUGUCGGACAAACCCCUUGUUCAAGAAGGUUUGGCCGAGGAUUUCGGUUCGCUUCUGCCAUGCUUUGGAAAACCUGAAGUCAGCGCUCAGUUCUUCGGAGCGUUCCUUAAAACUAUGUCGCUGGAAUGGUUCGGGAUUGAUCAAUGGAGAAUAGACAAAUUUUUGAUGCUGGUUCGUCGAAUGUUGAGACAUGCAUUUCAGGUGCUAAAAGAUGCAAAGUGGAAGAAAAAGUUUCUGCUUGCUUUUGGAAGACAGCUAAAGUGCACAGUACUAGGCGAUCACGAAGCGAUUGGGCUGACCAUGCACUUUAUUGAUAUUUACUUGGACGAAUUAGCAAAGAUAGCGGAUGGCGAAAUAUCAGCAGAUAACGUAGUGCUCCUAUUGAAGCCUUUCGUCAAAUUCCUUGCCAAGCAAGAUGACCAGAAAUUGCUCGCCCACACUCGACGUAGCAUCUUCUACAAAUUUUUAUGGCAAAGCGAUAUGGGACGCGAAUUUUCGGAAAAAUUUAAUGCAUGGAAGGAAAUGGGUUUCCCCACUGAGAAUAUCAACGACUUGGAGAAGGUUGAAGACAUUGAUGAAGAGGAGGCUAGUGAAGAUGAAGAAAUUGAAGAUGCACAAGAGGCAGAUGUUGAUAGUUCAGAGCAGAAGUUGCUGGAUCCCCGUGCAGGUUGCGUUGAUGUUGUCAUUCCGGAGCUUCCAGUCGAUGUACAGCCUUUCAUAGAUGAAAUCGAAAAAUUGCAAUUCGAUGAUAUAACAAACAGGAAAAGUCGGAAAGUAAUGCGAGAGAUUCUACAAAAAUUCAAAACUUUCCAAACCGGCGAAUUUCCACUUGGUGUGAAAAAAAUGCCGCGUGCAAAAUUGCAACCUUUAGAGUCUUUAGUAGAAGAGAAAGUCAAAGAAUUGGACAAAUUUGAAGAUGAGUUAAUGUCAACCACUAGACAAUUGAAACAAAUGAGCAAAAAAAAGCGAAGGAAAAUUUUACAAAGCAUCGAUUUGAGCGAUGGAACAGUUAAUGAAGAUAAUUUCGAGCAAAUACUGGCGGAAGCGAUCCCAUCUAAGAAGCGCAAAUUGAGUAUAAGUACAGACGACGAUAGCUGGAAGGAGGAAGAUACAGAUGCCUUAUUUUUGAAAGACGAAGGACCUAAUAAAAAGAAAAAGACGGCGAAGAAGAAUUUAAAUAAGAAACAAGAAAAAUUGAAUGCGCUCAAAGAAUCUGAAGGCAGCAGCUCCUUGAAACAGAAAAAGAAGAAGCAAAGAAAAGAAACUGAAGAAUCAAACACAUCGCCUUUGGAUGAAAUAGAAAAAAAUUUGUUGAAAAAACAAAAAAAGAAAAAUAAAGCUGCAAGAAUGAAUGCUAAAAAAUCGCCUGAAAAAUCAGACAGUACAAAAUCUGUAGCAUUAAAUUCAGAUAGUGAAGGGAACACUUCUGUUGAGAAAAGUACCCCGCAAAAGGGAAAAGGAAUAAAACACUCCUCUAAAAGCAAUUCCCCAAAAUCAGAGUGGGACAAACCUUUGCAAGAAGGCGAAAUCGAAUAUUUCCUACCUUCACGAAAAAAUAAAUUGAAAGAAGCGAAUGAUUCCUUGCAACAAAAUGACAUCGAGAAUUCAUCUCAAGGAUCAAAUUUAGUAUUAAAUCCAUUCGCGAAAAAGAAGGCAGAAAAGAAACUAGCUAAAACACAAUUGUUAGGUAAAGGCUUGAAAAAAGCGCAGAGCCUGAAAAAUAUUCACAGUGCAACCAGCACGCCAAGUUCAUCAGCAAAAAAACGUGUUAAAAUAGUUCUGCAGAAGAAUCGUGCACAGAAACCAAGUGAGUAUCGACGGCAGGUGCUGAAUUCACCACAAGUACCAUAUGAUGCAGAAAAGAAACCAACAAAGAGUUUAUUGAAACCCAAUUUGAUGCCAAGUCCAAUCAAUCCUUUCUAUAAGAAGAAGAUAGGAUUGAAAAUUAAUGAUACACUUUAGAAAAUGGUGGAUGUUUGUGGUGUGUUUUAUGAUAGGAAUUUACUGUGAAUGAAAAAUAAAUGCGAGAUUAAAUAAGAGAAAUAA